GAUACCAAAGCUGGUACCCUCAUCGGAACCGACCGUUACGGCAACAAGUACUUCGAGAACAUGGCGGAAGAGUUGCCCCUCCGGACACGAUGGGUCGACUACAAGCAGAGUGAAUACGACGCUUCGCAGAUUGAGCCCGGCUGGCACGCUUGGAUGUCCUACUUGGUCGACCAACCCCCAACCGUCGACAAGCUCAUCCAGACCGGUGUCCGUCCCUGGGAAUUGCCCGAGCAUCGCCCUAUGCUGACUCUCUCCCGUGGUGCAUACAAGACCUACUCGACCACCCGCCCCAAGGUCUCUGCCUGGACACCUAUUGCUACUCCCCGGUAAUGCAUUUCUCGGAUCUAAUCAGAAUGAAAAUAAAAAUUUGCGGGCUUUCAAGUUCCGUUUCUUCUGACAAUUCGUGAUAUCCGUUUGGUGGAGAUUUGUAAAUAAGAAAUUGUCAUUGGUAGUUUGUUUCCAUUCAAAUUGUUCCGAAUUACGGCAUAUAUUCAAAUUAUUUAUUGACAAAAUCUAUCGACAAGGUAUCAUAUUCAGCCAAGAAAGAUACAGAAGAAGGAUAUAUAAAAGAAAAGAAAAUACCUCUGGUAAAUACAACACUAUUAGACAGAAUGCACACUUAAAGAACAUAUAGACCAGAGCCAAUAUUCGACCAGUGCCGGAUGGGCCGUCGGUCUUCGAGUUCAAUGCACCACCAUAGAACCUCCUUCAACUUUUCGAUCUGCCCUCCAGCUUCAUAGGCCCUGGAUA